UGAAGGGCGCCGGACCGAGGCAGUGUGUGGACAGAGAGUGGACGGGUCACUGGAGAAACGGACAACAUUAGAGAACUGAAUACAUCACACUGACCAACUGAGAGAACUUAAUGCAGUAAUAUGCAGCAAAUGCCAGUCUUACAAUCCACCGUGGCUCCAGUGGAGGGGCGGUCUCACCGCACUAUGCUCAGCCUGCCUGCGAUCAAGCCAGACAGGUUGAAAACAGCUAAAGCUCUGGUGGAGAAAGCGGUCAAGUUGAGAAAAGUGUUUUCAGUGCAAGGGCCCUAUCCUGUGAUCCGUGCCGCCUUAUGGGCCAGAGGGUGGGUGGAACGUCGUUUGCCCCAUAUGGUUCAGAGACCACCUCGUUGCCAUGGUGAUGAGGAGGAGGAUGGUGAUGAUGGUGAUGUCAAUGCUGAUGUUACUGAGAGGGUGGCUGAAGCUGUGAAAGAGGAGAACCUUGAUGACAUGUAUGACCUCAUGUCUCGCCUGGUUCGAAAUGAAACAGCAUAUUUCUACUGGACGACACGACGUGACUAUAUCGACUGUGGCUCCUUGCGGAGUGACCAAAUGACCAAUCACUAUGCAAAUGCAGGAACUUUUACCACUAAGGUGGGGCUCUGUGUGAACCUGCGAAACCUUCAGUGGUUUGACACAGCGGAUCCUGACACCUUCUUCCCAAGAUGCUACAGACUUGGAGCAGAGGAUGAAAAGCAUGCGUUUAUAGAGGACUUCAGAAGGACUGCUUGCACCAGCCUGCUGCAGCAUGUUGUCGAGAAGAGUAGACGGAGGAAGAAGGAAGCAGAGGUCGAUCAACGAAAAGGCAGAAAUGGCGUUUCUGAAAAGUCAGAUAAUGUGGAGCAUCGAUUUGUUGGUCCAGAAAUGAUCGACACAGCCUUACACGCGUGUCAAGAGUUUCUCAGUGUUUUAGAGCAUGGUGACAUUGAUGUAACGAGCCCUGCAGUGGAGGAGCAGCGGUGGGCGGAGUUUCUGCAAGACUACUACAUGGUUGUGCAGGAAGGUGCACUGAUCAGGGGCAGCACUGUGUUUGCAGAGCGUUGCAAAGCCAUGCUAACCCGACUGCAGGAGGUUUGCCCUCAGCUGGACACGGACGGACUAAAUAACAUCUGGAUCAUUAAACCAGGUGCCAAGUCAAGAGGACGAGGUAUUAUGUGUAUGAACCGCCUGGAAGAGAUUUUGUCCCUAGUGGACACAGACAGAGCCAUUACUAAGGAGAGCAAGUGGGUGGUUCAGAAGUACCUGGAACGUCCUCUGUUGGUCCACGGCACCAAGUUUGACCUCCGUCAGUGGUUCCUGGUGACCGACUGGAACCCUCUGACUGUGUGGUUCUACAGAGAGUGCUACCUGCGCUUCUCCACUCAGCCCUACUCUACGAAAACUCUGGACAGGUCAGACAAACAGGAGAAAACAAAUGAUAUACUUCCCAGUGACAGUUACCUUCGCGGAUCUACCUUGUUCAUUGUUUUCCACAGCUCAAUCCACCUGUGCAACAACUCCAUCCAGAAGCACUUCCAGCCAUCUCGUGAACGGCAUCCAGGCGUGCCUCCGGACAACAUGUGGUCCUGCUCGCAGUUUAAGGCUUAUCUGCAGCAGCAGGGCUGUGGGGCCGAGUGGGAGGUGGUGGUGGUCCCAGGCAUGCAACAAGCGGUGGUCCACGCCCUGCAGACAGCCCAGGACCUGGUCGCGCCCCGCAAGGCAAGCUUUGAGCUCUACGGAGCCGACUUCAUGCUGGGCAGAGAUCUGAGGCCCUGGCUCCUGGAGAUCAAUGCCAGUCCGACUAUGGCCUGUUCCACGGCCGUGACUGCCCGCCUCUGCCCCGCUGUGCAGCUGGACACACUGAGGGUCGUGAUGGAUUGGCGGGCUGAUCCUAGUGCUUACACCGGAGGCUUCCGGCUGAUCUACAAACAGGUGCUAAUACCAUAUCUUUUAAGGCAAUGGGUGUUCAUUUUAUUGGAAAUUCCGCUGAAGAAAAGAUGCUAUUACAAAAAUCAUUUGGUUUUUUUUCUGACUUUUUCACCCUCCCAGCCUGCAGUUGAAGUUCCUCAGUAUAUGGGCAUGAACCUGAUGGUGGAAGGAGCCGGUGUGAGGCGAUCCAGACCUCUCCUUCAUAGGCAAUCUCUUAUUUCUAAUGCACCUCUCGCAGUCCGGUUCCCCUCGGACCAGACAUCUUCAGAGGGGGUUGAAUCAACAAAUAAACCGUCACGUCUAAAGUCCCAGACUGUGGCUGCUUUUCGUUACUCACUCAAGGAGAACCGAACUGUUGAACAGAAAAAAAGGCAGCAGACAUCCACAUCUCCAAAGAGGGCACGUGACGGGAGAACAGAUGUUCAGAAUACCCAGAAUACCUCCUGUGAUCCCAGGUCCUGCCACAGUCUGGUGUCUGAACAGCCGUUAUUAGUGCACACCAAACCUCAGAGGAAAGUGCAAUGUUUGGGUUUGCGCCUCGGUGCCAACAGGGCAGCUCUAGUCCCACGGAGUCUGUCUUUUCCCCUCAGCCCCCCUCACAGCACGCCACACUGUAAAUCUGAGCCCCAUCGGGGCCAUGGAUCACACAUCUCCAGAUCCUUCCUUACCCAGACUGCAUUUGAGCCCCAUCACAAAGCUUCUACUCGGGUCUUUCCUUCACUCCAGGGUCGUCUACCAACACUGGAGAUCUUUAGUCUGCGACCAAACAUUGUGGCUGGAACCGCUGCCUGUCGUGAUCCGAGUUUGUCCUCUCAUCCCAGCCUCCACGGCCAUCACCUAUUCCUCCGUUCUCAUAGGCAAAAGACCAAGACCAAAUAUAAAGGAGACUGCACCUGGGAACAUGGACACUAGUGGUGCUGUGUGUGUGAAGAAGAUGGAAACCAAACAGGAGGAAGUACUGAGGCGGUUUUGUCAGUUACAACAACAUUCUUAAUCUACAUAUGAAUGGCUGGAACCUGAUGAACACUGUAUUACUUUUUUAUAAUGUGUAGAAUUUACAUGUGAUCAUACCAUAAUUCUGAUGGCAUAGCGUUUUGUUUGUAGUAAGUUUUACGAUAUCUUACACUCAGAUAAUUUACACACCUAACAUCAAUGAAAUAUAAAUUAAGUGAUACAAAACAAACAAAGUGUUGAAAGGUUGAAAUGAAAAUCAUGUUAAUGAUUUACUAUUAUGAUACUAGUAACUUUUUUGCUCAUUCAAAAAUGUUUGUGGUAUUUACAAAAAAUAGCUUGAUGGGUGAAACUGAUUGCGCACACACACACACACACACACACACACACACACACACACACACACACAGAGUUAGACAAAUGUAAAUAUACAUGGAUGGGACGUCUUACCAAAGUAAAACACAGACAAAGAAAAACAAAUUACCUCUUCGGCUGCAUGGCAUGCUGCAAACAAGGGAAUAAUAUUUCAGUCUUCAGAAGUCCUUUUAACUUUUUACAAAUGUUUUUUUUUCAUAAACGUCACCGGAGCAGCACACAGGUGAUCUGAUCUCUUCUGCUCACUUCCUUGUCGCUCCAAAUCACGCAAGAGCAGCGUCAUGAGACUUAGAAACUUCCGCCGAGACUUCAAAAUAUAUUUGUUUUAAUAUAAUAAUAUAAUAUAAUCUCUUCUAGGCUUGCCAAAAUAAUGUGGGAAUGCCAAAUUUAACUUACAUAUAUUAUUAAUUAUAACACAGUGGCCUCAGAAAUAGUUAAACAUCAUACAAAUUAUGAAAAUGACACAAUGUCCCAGACCGGAUGUAGGUAUUAAUGUCCCCAGCAGGUGGCAAUAAAGGUUCAAUGAUAUAAUAGGAGGUUUAUGCCAAUGCCUUGAUGGAGGGAGCUGCGAAAGGGCAGGACAGAAUGAGAAGCCUUUAUUUAGAAUUUGGCAAAUCAACAUUAGACAUCGAGGGAAAAGUUGGAUAUUGCUUGAUCAACGGACCUUCCCUGAGUUGUAUAGACAACAACACACAUGCAAUUGCCAAAUUUUUAAUCAAAUAGAUUCAAAUAUCUACAAAUUUCAUCUCAUGACAGCGAUCAAAACAUGCAAACCCGUGAAGCAAGGGUUCAGUAGGAAUGAAUGACAUUUAGAUUGCAGGCCGUGGCUCUAGACUGUGGUUUGUAUAAGACAAGUCAAAUAUGGAACACAACGACACUCAUUCAGCUCAGAGACAACAGCGGAAACAACAAUGUGGUUGAAGAGUUUAUGACGUUGAGCAAUGACACUGGGAUGCUCUUGGCUUGUGUAGAAAUGGCAAUGUUUUGAUUUUGUUUUGCCGCCAGAGAUAAAAGCUAUAAUUGUAUGCACU